AGCCGUAGCCGCUCUCUUUGGUCCCGGCGCUCUGUGCCUUCCUCUCUAUGGUUCCUCUUUCCGGCGCGCGCGGGCAGGCGCUUCCGGCGGAGCCAUCGGCGCUGUGUGUGAGGCCUGGCGGGAAUGUUAAUGGUGGAAGCUGCUCCCGCCGCUGAGCAGCAGUGACCCAGCCCCGCCCGCCCGCCCGCCCGCCGCGCUACCAUGUCCGUGGUGCCGCCCAACCGCUCGCAGACCGGCUGGCCCCGCGGGGUGAACCAGUUCGGGAACAAAUACAUCCAGCAGACCAAGCCGCUCACGCUGGAGCGGACCAUCAACCUGUAUCCACUUACAAAUUAUACAUUUGGCACAAAGGAACCCCUUUAUGAGAAGGACAGUUCAGUGGCAGCCCGGUUUCAGCGCAUGAGGGAAGAAUUUGACAAGAUUGGAAUGAGGCGGACUGUAGAGGGUGUUCUGAUUGUUCAUGAGCAUAGGCUGCCCCAUGUGCUACUAUUGCAGCUAGGUACAACGUUCUUCAAACUACCAGGUGGUGAACUCAAUCCAGGAGAAGAUGAGGUAGAAGGACUCAAACGUUUAAUGACAGAGAUACUGGGACGUCAGGAUGGAGUUCAGCAAGACUGGGUGAUUGAUGACUGCAUUGGUAACUGGUGGAGACCAAACUUUGAACCUCCACAGUAUCCAUAUAUUCCAGCUCACAUUACAAAACCUAAAGAGCACAAAAAGCUCUUCUUGGUUCAGCUGCAGGAAAAGGCUUUGUUUGCGGUCCCAAAAAAUUACAAGUUGGUAGCUGCACCGUUGUUUGAGCUCUAUGACAAUGCCCCAGGAUAUGGACCUAUCAUUUCCAGCCUUCCUCAGCUUUUGAGCAGGUAUAGUAUGCUGCAGAUUCACAGUAUAAGCAGCUACUAUGCUGACUAAUAAAUUUCUCAGCAUUUUUAUAAUGUAUUUGAGGUGCAUCACUGCCAUUCAGAUAAGAAAUGUGCAUUCCUUAGCCUUCUCUUUUACUGAAAAUAGUUUGUACCUCAUCAGGCUUGAGAGCUCAUUGAUCUUACUCUGUGUCACCUGUGGUGGUGUUGAGCAUCUACUCAAGUAACUUGCCAUAAACCCACAGUGUAAUUUGUCAACUGUUAGUAAAAGAGGUUCCCUUCUUUACCAGUCACAUCCACCCGGUUGCAUGGAAAAACCUUUGAGAUCCUAAAGGCUUGUACCAUUCUUACUCUUUAUUUUUAUCUCCCAAUUUAUCUGCUCUCAGCCUUUGCAACUGUUGGUGUAAUUUUCACUUUUCCUAUAUAAAGACCACAAAGGAAGUCUCUUCCAAGAAAUUAACAUAACGCUGAUCUUUAAGCAGGCCCAGGUUGUAUUACUGUUAAUCACUACUCUUGCAAUAGCUUAAUCAGAGUCGAAGUCUCAAAUCUCUAAACUUGGGUCCUUAAGCAGUUGUUAAAAGCAAGGACAUCUGAAAAUUAAGAUCAGUACAUACUUGACCCAGUACAAAGUAGAUUUGUUAUUUCUUGCAUAAUCGUCUCUGUGUUCACUCUGCAAACUUCAGUUUUAAGAGUUUAUAGCUCUUAUGUGAAGCUUCUUGUUCAAGCCUGACUCCUGACAUAUGCAGUGUUUGUCCAAUAGCAAUUUUCUUCCACACUAUAAGACUCUUCUUUCCCCCCCCUCCCCCCGCCACCCGUGGUAACAAAACUCACAUAGCUUUUCUGUCAGAGAAAAGCCGAUUUUGAAGGUUCAAGAAGAAUUAAUUCUAUAGGAUUGGAUCUCUUAGUAUACUGGUAUGUAAAGCUGAGGUUAGUGUCUACCUGGUGUAGACAAUUACUGGCUGAGGUACAAAUACUUCUUGACUGGAAAUCUCAUCUUUGCUUUCUGUCAGAUGUGAGUUUGUUUAGCUCGGAAAUAAAAUAUUACGCACACAACUCAUUUAAUUGCCUUCUACAUAUAAGUGAUGAAAAUAAAUCUCUUGCAUGGUGUAACUGUUCUUUAUUUUAGAUUCAAUUUUAUUUACAACUGAAUUCCCAUAUACCUGAAGAGUGUGGUAGAAGAAGCCGUCUCUGUGAGCACAGCUUUAAGAUGUAGAGGGAAGAAUACAUGUGACGCAAGGAUUUUUUUUUUUUUUCUUUCCUGAAAAUCGCUAAACUUUCUAUUGUCUGAAUAGCAAAGUGAAUCUCAACUGUUUAGAUAGUGGGAUGGCGAAUGUGAUUCAGUGUUUUAAUCACUUUUCAUUGUAAUAGUCACCAGUUUUUUUUUGUACAACAUUAAACAAAAUAAAUUGGA